UAUUCCGACAUUCAGCAGCAGCUUCGGUUAUAAAAAGCCACCAACUCACCACACUAGCCAGGACUAUUUUUUGGAAAAUGAAAUAUUUGUGUGUUGUUUUUGUUGCGGUCACCUGUUUUGUGCUUUCGUGGUGCCAAUCAUCACCAAAGCCCGAAUCAGCUUUACCUGAGCCUGCCAAAAAGUGCUUGGCCCAGGAGAAUGUGGAUUACCAGUAUGCGAUUGACUUCCAUAGCGGAAAAAUUAAGCUUGAAGAUGUGUCAGCAGCUUUCAAGUGUUUCAUUCAUUGUAUCGUCGAAGACGGAGGAUACAUGAAGGAUGGUCAAAUUCUAGAGGAGAAUAUAGUCAAGGCGGCCGAGAAUAUCACCAGUGUCGAUCAAGUGCGUAAAAUUAUUUCCAAUUGCAAGAUUGUCAAGGGCGGUAAUGCCUGUGAAAUGAGCUUCAAUACUUACAUGUGUAUUUCUAGUGAAUUGAAAUAAAAACAAAAAUAUGAA